ACAUUUUUAGUUUUGUUUUUCCUGUAGGUAACUGACCCUAAAGAUUCUCCCCAGCCCCACAUUAUAGAACAACUCAUCUUUCAGACUUGGCAAUGAAUUUUUUGUUCAGGAGAACAGCAGAUGGAGAAAACAAAUGGGAGAGAGGCCAUUGCUCCGUCCACAGUGGAAACUGGAAUAGAGAACCCAGGACUGGAGCUCACGGAAGAAGGAAUAAGUCCUGAGAAAACCAAGAGGGCUGAAGAUCAAGGACACAGCCUUGAGGAUGGGUUGGAGCCUCCCACUCAGAAGAGGAAAAACCUACAGCCUUUCACCAGAGCAAGAAGUUUCUGCAAAACACAUGCUGGUUUGUUCAAGAAGAUCCUGUUGAGCCUGUUGUGUGUGGCUUAUGCUGCCUACCUCCUGACAGCUUGCAUCUUGAAUUUUCAGAGGGCACUGGCCUUGUUUGUCCUAACCUGUUUGGUGCUUUUGGUUGUGGUUUACCGAAUUCUGAAAAGGUUCUUUGGUAAAAAAAUAACAAGAUGUUUGAAGCCCCUUAAAUACUCCUGCCUGAAACUUUGGAUGAAACGGGUGUUUGCAGGAGCCUCCUUGGUUGGUCUUAUCUUGUGGUUGGCUCUAGACACAGCCCAAAGGCCGGAGCAGCUGAUCUCCUUUGCAGGAAUUUGCAUGUUCAUCCUCAUCCUCUUUGCCUGCUCCAAACACCACAGUGCGGUGUCCUGGAGGGCUGUGCUUUGGGGCUUGGGUCUUCAGUUUGUCUUUGGGAUCUUGGUCAUCAGAACUGAUCCUGGAUUCAAUGCAUUUCAGUGGCUGGGAGAUCAGAUUCAGAUUUUCCUCCACUAUACUGUGGCUGGCUCCAGUUUUGUGUUUGGGGAUACACUCGUCAAGGAUAUCUUUGCUUUUCAGGCUUUACCAAUCAUCCUUUUCUUUGGAUGUGUGAUGUCCAUUCUUUACUACCUGGGCCUUGUGCAGUGGGUAGUUCAGAAGAUUGCCUGGUUUUUGCAAAUCACCUUGGGCACCACUGCCACAGAGACCCUGGCUGUGGCAGGAAACAUCUUUGUGGGUAUGACAGAAGCACCGCUGCUCAUCCGUCCAUACCUGGGAGACAUGACUCUCUCCGAGAUCCAUGCAGUGAUGACUGGAGGGUUUGCAACCAUUUCAGGCACUGUGUUGGGAGCCUUCAUAUCCUUCGGGAUUGACGCAUCAUCCUUGAUUUCUGCCUCUGUGAUGGCUGCGCCUUCUGCUCUUGCUUUGUCAAAGCUGGUAUAUCCGGAAGUGGAGGAGUCCAAGUUCAAGAAUAAGGAGGGGGUGAAAUUGCCCCGAGGGAAGGAGAAGAAUGUUCUAGAAGCUGCCAGCAAUGGAGCCACAGAUGCCAUAGGCCUUGCUGCUAAUGUAGCAGCCAACCUGAUUGCCUUUUUGGCUGUGUUGGCCUUCAUCAAUGCUGCCCUCUCCUGGCUAGGGGAACUGGUAGACAUACAGGGACUCACUUUUCAGGUCAUCUGCUCCUAUAUCCUAAGGCCCGUGGUUUUCAUGAUGGGUGUGGAGUGGGCAGACUGUCCAAUGGUGGCUGAGAUGGUGGGGAUCAAGUUCUUCACAAAUGAGUUUGUGGCCUACCAGCAACUGUCUCAAUAUAAGAGCAAACGUCUCUCUGGAGUGGAAGAGUGGAUUGGAGGUGAAAAACAGUGGAUUUCAGUGAGAGCUGAAAUCAUUACAACAUUUUCACUCUGUGGAUUUGCCAAUCUUAGUUCCAUAGGCAUCACACUUGGAGGCUUGACAUCAAUGGUACCUCACCGGAAGAGUGACUUGUCCAAGGUUGUGGUUAGUGCCCUCUUCACAGGGGCCUGUGUAUCCCUUAUUAGUGCCUGUGUGGCAGGAAUCCUCUAUGUCCCCAGGGGAGCUGAAACUGACUGUGUCUCCUUCUUAAACACAAGUUUCACCAAUAGAACCUAUGAUACCUAUGUGUGCUGCAGAGAGCUCUUUCAAAGUACUCUUCUGAAUGGCACCAACCCUCCUUCUUUUUCUGGUCCCUGGGAAGAUAAAGAGUUCAGUGCUAUAGCCCUUGCUAACUGCUGUGAAUUCUACACCAAUGCUGUCUGUGCCUAAAACUGGUCCAUUAACAUAACAGUCCUGAUCUUGAUGACUUUUUGAUGGCAAGGAUGGUUAUGUACUCAGAGUUCUCAUUCUACAACUAACCUUGAUUGUUAAUAGAAAAUGUAAAAUUUUCAUUUUGGUUCACUCUAUGUCAGUAAUGAAAAUUAGCCCUUGGCUUUCUGUUAUUUUGUUGAACCAAAUAAGA